CACGUCACGGGAUGCCCACUUCCUGGUUCACGACAGUGUCGUAAAUUGUUAAUAGACCGUAAACAUGGCAAGCUUGGCAGAUGUCGGCUGGAAGCUGCUGGAGUUUAAAGCCAGAUCUAAACGUUCAGAGCUUCAGUAGUGCUGUAGUGUGAUAGCAUUCGGCUUGCGAGCAAAAUGGCCAGCUCUGCCUGCAAGCGUUCCCGUUUCCAACACAGACUCAACAGACACGGAUCCAUUUAUGAACCUCUCAAGCUGUCCAUCCUGCACCCCGAGGAUGAGCCUCUGUGGGAGAAACUGGACCGGUUCUACAGCGCAGUGAAGUGCACUAUUCUGAACUAUCAGAGCCCCACCACGGGUCUGUUUCCUGUAAAGACCUGCUCCGACUGUAAAGAAGCCAAAGUGCGAGAUUCACUUUACUGUGCUGCCAGUGCCUGGGCUCUGGCUCUCGCUUAUAGACGCAUUGAUGAUGAUAUGGGCCGCACACACGAGCUUGAACAUUCUGCCAUUAAGUGCAUGCGGGGAAUUCUCUACUGCUACAUGCGCCAGGCCGACAAGGUGGAGAAGUUUAAGCAGGACCCGAGCCCGUUCACAUGUCUCCACUCCGUGUUCAACGUUCAUACAGGAGAUGAGAUUUACUCUUAUAAACAGUACAAUCACCUGCAGAUUGACGCCGUGUCUCUCUUCCUGCUCUACCUGGUGGAAAUGAUUUGCUCCGGGCUGCAGAUCAUCUACAACACUGAUGAGGUGUCCUUCAUCCAGAACCUCGUGUUUUGUGUAGAGAGAGCGUACCGCGUCCCGGACUUCGGCAUGUGGGAGAGAGGAAGUAAAUACAACAACGGAAGCACAGAGCUGCACUCCAGUUCUGUGGGACUCGCCAAAGCAGCUCUCGAGGCCAUCAAUGGAUUCAACCUGUUUGGAAAUCAGGGAUGCUCCUGGUCUGUGAUAUUUGUGGAUUUGGAUGCUCACAACCGCAACAGACAGACGCUGUGUUCCCUCCUACCCCGAGAGUCCCGUUCUCAUAACACGGACGCGGCCCUGUUGCCCUGUAUCAGCUACCCGGCGUUCGCGGUGGACGACGACGCACUUUACAGCCAGACGCUGGACAAAAUCGUCCGCAAGCUUAAAGGCAAAUACGGCUUCAAACGAUUCCUGAGGGACGGAUACAGGACGGCGAACGAGGACAAGAACCGCAGAUACUACGGUACUGCUGAGAUGAAGCUCUUUGACGGGAUCGAGUGUGAGUUUCCCAUGUUCUUCAUCUACAUGAUGAUCGAUGGUGUGUUCAGAGGAAACACGGCUCAGGUGAAAGAGUACGAAGAACUCCUGCAGGCCAUCAUUUUUCAGUCUUAUGAAGGUCAUGCCGUCAUUCCAAAGUACUACCACGUGCCGGCGGAUUUUGUGGAGGCGGAGCAGAAGAAACACGGCAGCCAGAAACGUUUCCCGAGCAACUCGGGUCGUGACGGGAUGCUGUUCCUGUGGGGUCAGGCGCUGUACAACAUCGCCAAGCUGCUGGUGGACGGUCUGAUCAGCCCCAAAGACAUCGACCCCAUCCACCGCCACGUACCACGUCAGGACCAGAGGAACGUUAGCAUGAGAUACUCCAACCAGGGUCCCAUUGAGAAUGAUGUGGUGAUCCAUGUGGCUCUUAUCGCCGAGAGUCAGAGGUUGCAGGUCUUCUUGAACACGUACGGUAUUCAGACUCAGACUCCUCAGCAGGUGGAACCCAUACAGAUUUGGCCUCAGCAGGAGCUUGUGAAGGCGUAUCGUUUCUUGGCCAUCAAUAAGAAACUCGGUCUAAGUGGACGUCCAGAGAGACCGGUGGGCUGCAUCGGGACCUGUAAGAUUUAUCGCAUCCUGGGGAAGACGGUGGUGUGUUACCCCAUCGUUUUUGACCUCAGCGACUUCUACCUGUCUCAGGAUGUCAUGCUGCUGAUCGAUGACAUCAAGAACGCCCUACAGUUCAUUAAGCAGUGCUGGAAGAUGCAGGGUCGCCCGCUGUUCCUCGUUCUCAUCAGAGAAGAUAACAUCAGGGGGAGCCGCUUCAACCCCGUCCUGGACAUGCUGGCCUCGUUCAAGAAGGGCAACAUCGGAGGGGUCAAAGUUCACGUCGAUAGGCUUCAGACUCUGAUCUCCGGAGCCGUGGUUGAGCAGCUGGAUUUUCUGCGUGUCAACGAGGCAGAGAUUCCUGAGUUUAAGAGCUUCGAGGAGCUUGAGCUGCCCAAACACUCGAAGGUGAAGCGGCAGACGAGCACGCCGAACGCCACGGACCUGGAGCAGCAGCCCGAGAUCGACAUCGACGAGUGGAGGAACAAACCCACGCACGAGAUCCUGCAGAAGUUCAACGACUGUGGCUGUCUCGCCAGCCAGGCGCAGCUCGCCAGUAUUCUCCUGAAGAAAGAAGGUCCAGACUUCUUCAGCAGAGACGAGUACCUGAACGCCGAGUUGGAGCGGAUCUACAGGAGGGCAGGCAGCAGGAAACUCUGGUCCGUUGUACGUCUCGCUGCCAGUCUCUUAACUAAGCUAGUGGACAGCCUUGCUCCAAGUAUUACUAGCAUUUUAGUGCAUGGCAAGCAGGUGACUCUGGGUCUUUUUGGACACGAGGAGGAGGUGAUUUCUAACCCGCUGUCUCCGGCCGUCAUUAAGGACAUUAUUUACAGGAAGUGCAGUCCUCACGGCGAGCGAGAGGCCGUGCUGCAGCAGGAGCUCGUCAUCCACAUCGGCUGGAUCAUCUCUAACAGCCCCGAGCUGUUCAGCGGCAUGCUCAAGAUCCGCAUCGGGUGGAUCAUCCAGGCCAUGAAACACGAGCUGAAGAUUCGUGCAGGAGACAUGCCGCCUCAGGACAUCUACCAAAUGUCACCUAGUGAUGUCAAACAGCUGCUGUUGGACGUUCUUCAACCUCAACAGACCGGCAGGUCGUGGCUGAAUCGGCGUCAGAUUGAUGGAUCUCUGAAUCGUACACCGCUCGGGUUUUACGAUCGUGUUUGGCAGAUUCUGGAGCGGACGAGUAACGGCAUCGUGGUGGGAGGUCUUCACCUGCCUCAGCAACCCACUCUGUCUGAUAUGACCAUGUACGAGAUGAACUUCUCCCUGCUGGUGGAGCACACGCUGAAGAACAUCGUGCUGCCCGAAUACAGACAGAUCAUUGUGGAGCUCCUGAUGGUGGUGUCUCUGGUGCUGGAGAGAAAUCCCGAGCUGGAGUUUCAGGAGAAGGUGGAUCUGGAUCACCUGGUGAGAGAAGCCUUCAGUGAUUUCCAGAGGGAUCACGAACGAGCCAAUCUGGCUCAGAGUCAGAUGGAGAUGGAGGCGUUCUAUAACACUCCUCCACUGGGGAAGAAAGGAACCUCCAGCUAUCUGACUAAAGCUGUGAUGAUCCAGCUGCUGCAGGGGGAAGUGAAGCCCUGCAAGGACGACCCCUGCUCCGUCAGCUGAACACACUUUCCUUUUUAUCUUUUCUCUCUCUCUCUCUCUCUCUCUCUCUCUGUGUGUAUGUUCCUUCUCUCAGUCCAUCCUUCUGUCUUUAACAUUUUUAUUUUUAGCGUCUAGAGCGUACUCAACCUUUGCACUUCCUCUUGUACAUUUUUAAACUGCACUGUUACACUGAUUUUUUAAAAACCGGAGAGCUCAGUUCACCUCCUGACCCUCUCAUCCCACACCUUCCUCAUUUUCUCAGUUUCUCUUUAGUUUACGCCACAUAAUGCUUUAGUUUUUCGAUUUGGCCUCUGAUGACCCAGUUUACAAGUCACACCGUUAAAAAAAAAUCGGUUAUACAACAUAGUGCUAUUAUUAUUGUGAGCAAAAUAUUAUCAGUAAGCUCCAUGAUAAGCAGGAUUUUAGGCAGCGCGUGUCGCAGAAUGUAAUUUUGUCUCGUUCACAGCACCAUACGGAGAUAAGCUCCGCCCACUUGACAUGAUAGAUGCAAUUCCAUUGGCUCAUAUUUCCAACAUGGCUCUGGUGCUAUUUAGGCAACGGUCACUCAGCAUCAGACGGUAAAGAUAUUUACAUUCAUUCUAAAAUAAAUUUUAAGCGAUAGCUAGGAAACAAAACCGAACCAGCAAUCGGGUGUUAAAUACUCCAGCUAGCGAACUAGCAUCACACCAAGGGGUUGCCAUCACUACAUAAAGUUUAAACUAUUAAACUAAAUAAAGUCUGAGGCAUCUCCGCGGGAACUAAACAUUAUUUACACGAGCUAGAAAGCUCGACGUCAAGGUUUUUUAGUAAAGCCGACGUCGGUUUUAAUGGCUAUUUGCAGUUAAAAUAAUUUAUUUAUAUGAAAUAUUGUGAUAAGAUCGUAGCAUGAGAUCAAGGGUAAUAUAUUCUUAGUGAUAGUUUUAUUUCUACACACUUUAUACACACUCAAACUGAUGUUUCUCAUAUCGAUUGUAUUAAUUCUGCUCUGGUCUGCUGUCGCUAGUUUAUUGUUUUACUCUCAGUGUGUGUUUGCAGUACAGCUAGCAUCAGAGUCAGAUAGAGAGCAUGUUAGCAUUACUGUGGUUGAAAAUGCGAAAAGUAGAAUCAGGUCAAUCCAAGCGCGUAGGCUAGUUAGCUAGCUAACGUUAACCAAUAACACAGAAUAAAGCUAACGCGUAACCCUAAAGAGUUAGCUGAUCCCACCCACUGAGGGUGAGUGACAGGUGAGCUUACCAUGAAUUAAAACAGCCAAGCAAUUAAUGUGCAAAUAUUUUAUUUUAUUGUUAUUAUUAUUAAAAGAAUUCCAGAAUUUUACAAAUUAAAUGUAAGAGUACAACAGGACAGCAAUUCAAAACAUAAGGGAAAAUAAACGCAAAUAAAAUUUGAAAGUUAUUUUUCGAUGUAAUUUUGGAUAAUUACAUGGCAUUCAGAUUUUUAACCUUAACCGUUACUAUUUGCGUGUUUAUGUUACGUGUGAUAAUGAAAAGAAGCAUCGUAAAACCGAACACUCUGAAUGUCUUUAGUGUGCUGCUGUAAGUUACACUGAGUUAUUUUGUAAAAUUAUCAUUAUUCAUUUAUGGCAGAUGUAUAAUUUUGGCUCGUUUGAUUCACCAUAUGUAGUUCCACACUUACAUCAGCCUAAAAAAAAAAAACUAAACACUGUGAACAGUUUUCUGCCUCCUGGUGGAAAUUUCCGUGCGUCUCACUUCUCUCUGCAUGUGGAUUUUUUGUUGCAUGAUGGCAUUUCAGUGGUCAGAUGGAAUGAUGAGAUGUCUGAAGUUCAGCACUUAAUCUUGGUAAAAUAUAAAAGGUUAUUCUACAAUUUUAUGUUUAAAAGGAUUUUCGCCGCUUUAGCUGACCUUUCCUAGUCCUAAAGUGCCGCUGAAAUGUAUUAAAGCUGUGUGUUGAAUUGUUUUGUGUGUGUGUGUGUGUGUGUGUGUGUGUGUGUGUGUGUUUUCUCCCUGAAGAUGUUUUACAGACCCUUAAGUAUAGAAAUGAAAUAAAUGCUAAUCUGAAGUGCA